UCACUAUGAUCCCCCGGAUUAGUAUCUACACCAUUAUUGCAAAUUCUCAGAUUCUGCAGCUAAGAAGAGCUCUUUACGUCGCGAUGAUGGCAUUUGGGGACGAUCCGGACGACGGUAUGUCAGAGCGUCUGCUAGGGGAGAGUAAAGUAGGAAGCUCUGCGUCUACCGCCCCACUCAGCGACGAUUUCGAGCUCAUCUCGGAACGAGAGACGCUCGUGUUUGAGGAUGACUUCUUCCGGCAGCAACAACGGCUCGGCAAGCGCGGCGGCUUCUUCCAGACGUACUUGAUGGAGAAGAUUCAGCCGGGAUCAGUGAAAGGCUCCAUGUUCACUAUGACCGUCGCGAUCGUGGGCGCUGGUGUCUUGGCGCUACCCUACGCCGUCCAACAGGCAGGUUUGGUGUUAGGCAUCUCUUUAAUUGCAUUAGGAGCAAUCGCUACAAAUUUCACGUUGAGAUUACUGCUGGAGUGUUCGGAUCUGGGGCAGGCGCGGUCGUACAUGGACUUGGCUUCGGUCACGGGAGGACGUAAGCUUGCAGGCUUUACUCAGCUGGUAGUGUGCAUGAACCUGUUCGGAACGAGUAUCGGCUACUUAGUCGGUAGUGCGGAGCUGAUACAGCUUGCGCUGAGGACGUUCUUGGGCAGUACGAGCGAGAGUAUCUUCCUGGAUCGCCAGGCGUUGAUCUUGAUGUUGACUGGCUUGCUGGUGCUUCCACUGUCGUUGCUGCGAAGUCUGGAGUCGCUGAGGUUCUCGUCGUUAUUUUCCAUCGUGUGUAUCAUGUUCAUGGCGUUGGUUAUUGUGAUCAAGUACUUCCAGUUCGUGCACGAAGGACUGGCCCCGACUAUUGCGUACCAGCUCAAACACCUGCCGCUGUUCGACUGGCGCCUCAGCCACUUGCUGCGUGCUGUCCCACUUGUGGUGUUCUCAUUUACGUGCCAUCCGAAUGUGCUUCCAAUAUAUUUGGUACUUAAACGUCGCUCCAGCAGAAGAAUGUAUAAGGUCAUGAAUCGCAGCAUCGGCAUCGCCACGACUGUGUACUCGCUGUGUGGUUUCUUCGUAGUGCUCACAUUCGGCGAGGCCACCCGGUCCAAUUUUCUCAAGAACAACUACCACGGUGAUGGCGCUGUGAUAGCCGGGUGUCUAGGCUUCAGUAUCGCUUUGAUUCUUACUGUCCCGUUGUUCGUCCACACACUGCGGGACAACAUCCGUGAGGCGCUGCUGGAGAACCGUCGACUGGAUUUGGUGCGCCAUGCUGGACUGUCGAUGUUUCUGGUGCUCGCUGCGCUUAUGGUGGCUUUAGGCUCUGGUGAUAUUGCAUCAGUUCUCGGCGUUCUUGGUGCCACGACGAACCCGACGAUCUGCUUCAUGCUGCCAGCGUUUUUCAUCUUCCGUCUGGGCGGCCAGCACCAUCGAACAAGUCAGAUGAUCGCCGGCUUAAUGGCAGUCGUCAUGACUGUUGUGAGCGCGCUCAGUUUGCUGCAACAGAUGCACUUCAUCCUCUAAAGGCGCUCUCGCAGGUGUAUAAACUUUAAAAACAUGAGACGUAUCCAGCUUGCAAGCUUUUGGCACCUUAAAAAUUCAUUCCCUUAUUGGUCAAAAUACUUCUCUAAAUCCUUAUCCUAUUUGAUAAAAUAAAGCAAAAUCAAACGUCCA